AUGUCAAUGGGGAGGAAAAACGCCUCGUCUGAGGGCUUCGAGCACAUACUGGAGAAUAGGAAACAUUGUGAGGAGGUUUUCCCAAUUCUAUCAAAGCUAAAAAUACACUUAAAAAUACACACAGGAGAGAAUCUUUAUUCCUGCACUGAUUGUGAGAAGAGAUUCACAACAUCACAGGCUCUGACAGUUCAUCAGAAAGUGCACAGUGGAGAGAAGCCUUACUCCUGCUUUGUCUGUGGGGAGAGUUUCUCUCAACUGGGCCACUUAAAAACACACCAUCGAAUACACACAGGAGAGAAGCCAUACUACUGCUUUGACUGUGGGGAGAGUUUCUCUCAACAGGGCCACUUAAAAACACACCAACGAAUACACACAGGAGAGAAGCCUUACUCCUGCUCCGACUGUGGAAAGAGUUUCUCUCAAUUGGGCAGCUUAAAAACACACCAACGUAUACACACAGGAGAGAAGCCUUACUCCUGCUCUUACUGUGGGGAGAGUUUCUCUCAACUGGGCAACUUAAAAACACACCAACGUAUACACACAGGAGAGAAGCCUUUCUCCUGCUCUGACUGUGGGAAGAGCUUCACAACAUCACAAGCUCUGACCGUUCAUCAGAGAGUGCACACAGGAGAGAAGCCUUACUUCUGCUCUGAAUGUGGAAAGAGUUUCUCCCAAUUGGAUAUGUUAAAAUGUCACCAGCGAAUACAUACAGGAGAGAAGCCUUACUCCUGCUCUGACUGUGGAAAGAGUUUCUCCCAACUGGGCAACUUAGAAGCACACCAACGUAUACACACAGGAGAGAAGCCUUACGCCUGCUCUGACUGUGGGAAGUGCUUCACAACAUCAGCUGAGCUAAAGGUUCAUCAAAGAGCACACACAGGAGAGAAGCCUUACACCUGUUCUGACUGUGGAAAGAGUUUCUCACGAUUGGAUAUGUUAAAAUGUCAUCAGCGAAUACAUACAGGAGAGAAGCCUUACUCCUGCUCUGACUGUGGAAAGCGUUUCUCCCAACUGGGCAACUUAGAAGCACACCAACGUAUACACACAGGAGAGAAGCCUUAUUCCUGCUCUGACUGUGGGAAGAGUUUCUCCCGAUUGGAUACCUUAAAACGCCACAAAUGUAUACAUAAAGGAGAGAAGCCUCAUCAGUUCUCUCAGACCAGCUAAGAUUAAAGUUGUUCCAUCACUUAAAGAUGCACUAUGCAGAAAUCACUCCGCAAUUUCCUGGUUGUUAAAAUUCUUAUGGUUCUAAAAGCCUCCAGUUUGUGACAAAACAAGCAGUCAUUGUGUAGUGAGUCAUUGUACCAUCUAGACCGCUGUGAAAUAUAUAUUUUCCAUAACAAAAAUAUUGUAUUUUCAGCUGUUUUGAAGCUGGUGUACAAUAACGAAAGUAUCAAACCCAAAAACGAAACUUCAGAUCGGAAACCAUAGAAAUAGCGCACAUAGAACAGAUCUACCGCUUCUUAGACUGAGAAAAUAUUUUCAAACCCCACUAUGCCUCCGAAGGUUAGCAAUGCUAACAAAGUCUCAUAGAGAAUGCUAACUAUAUAAAUGCUAACGAGCGAAUUGCUAAGAUUUUAUACAUUCUCUGACCUAAACUAUUUUCAGGACCGACAUCCCAGCUCAUAAAGUUAUACAAAUAACAAAAAAAUGCUACUCCCAGUUAGCUGCACGCAAAAAACUAAUAUUAGACAGCAAGGCUCUUUAUCCAGGAGGGGAGUCUCUGCUGUUACCAAGCAAAGCUUG